AUGGCUGGUGGAUUUAGGACGACUUGGAAAAACUUUUAUAAAUCAUUAAACUUUUUCAGGUUACAUGUUCUGUUCUUUAUAUUUACCCCUCUCAUAUCUGCUUCUAUAUUAUAUGCUGCCAACGGCCUCUACCCCAUCAGCUUUAUUGAUGCGCUCUUCAAUUGCGUCAGCGCCAUGACCGUGACUGGCCUGGCCACCAUCGACCUAUCAGCUCACGGGAUUUCAGCAAUCCAUUUUUGUACACUCGCCGACGUUUCUUUCGGAACAAACUGUCAUAUCAUUGCAGAGGAACUCAAGCGAGAACGGCAAGGUGGAAUCAUAGCUGCUAUGCGUGAGCGCACAAUGUCCAUUUCUCGAUCAUUAUCACGCGAUCACCAAGCUCAGGUGGGAGGCGCAUCGCCAACUGACAUACAUGGGAAACAUUGCUCCCGGCCGGGGUUAUUGGGGCGGUUCGCGAACUGGGCUUUUCCGGCAGCGUCCCCGGGCAAGUCGCCAAGUAGUACGAUGUCGGGUGCGGCAACUCCAUCCUCGGAUAGAACAAAGCGCAAAACUGGGCUUGCACAGCGAUUGCGAACCGAUAUGAUUCGGCGGACUGAAGCCGAGCCUCAGCGUGUGGAUCCGAUGGGGGGAAUAGGAGGCUUAAUGGUCGAUGACAUCGGAGGAAAGGGGAAAGCGCGCGAACUUAGUGGCCAGCAGUUCCCGGAAAAAGGCGACCAAUUCAAUCAUGGUGGAGAAGUACAUCAUGUCAUUACGGGGUCGUCUGGCUCACAAACACGCUACGGUGGCGACAACUCAUCAAACCCAUCACUGCACCGCACGAAUUCUUUGCGGUCGACUGAGGCCGAGAGGAUGGCUGAUGACGAUACAAGUCUUGCGCAGACCCUUGCCAUGCCUAGCCGACAUAGCAAUGGAACGAUACCAACCCCCCACAGACCAGAGUAUGACAUGGCGCCGAACCCUGCCAACCUUUCGCCCCGUCAUAUUGACGACCGAGACGGAAUUCUUUUGCAUCCCGAUGCGGACAGAAAUAUGGAUAUCAUUGAGGGUGAUUCUGAAGGCUUGGACCGCGCGACUAGGAACCAGAGUUUCGUCCAGUCCCGUCAGAUUCAGGCCGCCGCCAAUCCGAGUCAAUCCGAGCACCAUUGGCGAAGAGCGGCUCUCUCCAAGCCAGGUGGCCAUGAACGGCACCCUAGUGAGGCGGUCACACAGAGAGAGCCGGGUACUGGCAUAGGCGAGUUUCCUCGGAACCAGACAAUCGAGUUUGUCAAUACACCUCAUGUGCGUGGCAGAGCGACGGCCAGACGUCAGUCUGCGGGCGUCAAUUCGGAGCGAGAACGAGCUCGGUUCCGAAACUUCAGUUUAGGAGGAUCGAGCAACGCGGCUCCUGCGGGUUCUGAUGCUGAAGACACGAGCAGCGCUAAUAUGGAGUUGGUACUAGUAGCAUUGGGCAUGGAAAUUAUGGGAGGGGCCGUGCAUCGAGCGCUGCGACCCUGCCCCUAUCUUACUCUUGCCGUCUAUGGACAACGAAUGGGCUCUGUUUCUACCGCUUAUUUUCCUCGAACUGCAACCGGAAGGUCGCAUGGGACCACACGGAUGAACCCGUCUGCCCAGUUACCCUCUCAUCAAUCUGGAUACGGUGGUUUUCCUAUGCCACAUGAGCUCAUUGGGCAGGGAAUUAAACGCUUCUUUCCUCAAACGAUGACGAUAACUCGUACCUUGACUGUGGGGAGUGGGGGAGGCGAACCUCGUCAAGUCCCAUAUAUCACAUUCGAUGCAGUCGUCGGCCGUAAUUCCCAGUUUCAUGAUUUGACUCAGGAAGAGCAAGAAGAACUCGGCGGUGUUGAGUACAGAGCCCUGGGCGCUCUUUUAUGGAUUGUUCCAGUGUACCACUUGGUAUCCAGCUUUUCGGCUUCGUGGUCUUUGCACCUUAUUCGAGUAUGUCAAAAUGGGCCCCUAUCUUUCGUGAACAGCAGCAUCGCUACGUUCCCCCCACUUGCCAAUUUUCUUGCGUUUUUCAUAUGGCUAUUAAGCAAGGUGGUCGGUAAACGGACACACGAGACAUUGUCAUUCCUCUUGGACCACCCACGUCGAUGCUUUAUCUAUCUGUUUCCUAGCCACCAAACAUGGUUCUUGUUAAUCGUCUUGGUAACUAUGGUUCUCACCGACUGGAUCUCCUUUAUGGUUCUCGACAUAGGAAACGACGUCUUUGAGUCAAUUCCUGUUGGGACACGUAUCGCGCUUGGGCUAUUGCAGGCUGGAGCGGUCAGGGCUGCUGGCUUCGCAUCUGUUUCUAUAUCAGCCCUUGCGCCUGCAGUCAAAGUCCUUUAUGUUACAAUGAUGUACGUUGCCGUAUAUCCAAUUGCAUUGUCCGUUCGUGCAACCAAUGUGUACGAAGAACAAUCACUCGGGAUAUAUCUCGAUGGUGAUGAAGAGGAGCCAAAUAAUCCUUCCAAUGCUUAUUCAUGGGGGAGUUACCUCGCUUGGCACGCACGAAGACAACUAUCACGCGCUGAGAUCAUGAAUCCUAAUUCUGAACAUUGGUUUGAUAUCUUCACAAUCAUCUUCGAGCUGGUUUCUGCUUAUGGGACGGUCGGGCUUUCCUUGGGGUUACCUACAGCCAACUACUCAUUUUCUGGAGCAUUGAAGCCCUUGUCAAAGUUUAUCAUCUGUCUUGUCAUGUUGCGAGGAAGACACCGAGGCCUUCCGCAUGCGAUUGAUCGAGCGGUUGUUCUUCCCUGGGAAUUAAUGGGACGUCAAGGUCAAAACCGUAGUUUUAAUGGCCUUGAUACGUUGGGAAAUCGCCAAAGUAUGACAGCUGAACCUGGUUCAUUUGAAGGCCAUUCAACUAGCCGUGCCCCGACAACAGCACACGGCGGUGUCGACUUGAAGCAUCGAGGAAAUACCAUACUUUCUCCGGUGCGCGAGGUCCUUACACCAGUCACUAGUGUCACGGGGACACCACGAGCAACGUUCAGUGCAUUGGGAUCUGGAGGAAAUUAG